AUAACUUCCUUAUUACGCGCACACGCACUCCAUCCUAACCAUCAAAACCGGAAGAGCCGUGCUUUCAGAUCAUUUUUAGGAAUGGUAAACAUAACCUUAACGUAGUCGGCGUCAGAGUAGCAUAAACGUUUUCGUAUUUAAAUGAUUCUGAUGAGCUAACAUCGUAAUUACUGAGGAUAAGUCAUCUGUAUGCUUCUCAGGCUGCAAUGUCCAUUCCAUUUUUCAACGUCAGUCGGUCGUUGACGACCGCCGUCAGAUCCAAGCGACGUGUUGUUGUGACCGGUAUAGGAGUUGUGUGUCCUUUGGGAGUCGGCACGCGAAAUGCUUGGGAAGCUCUUACUGAUUCCAAGUGCGGAAUUACAAAACUUACCGAGCCUGAUUAUGACAAGCUACCGUGCAAAAUAGCUGCGCUGGUACCGAAAGGAAGUGCCUCUCACGAACUCAACAUUGACUCCCACUUUACAAAGAGUGAACUACGCACAAUAUGCCCUGCCACCGCUUACGCGUUGAUAGCCACGGAGGAGGCACUGAAGGACGCGAGAUGGAAGCCAGACGAUGAAAAUAAUAAACGCGAUACUGGCGUCUCGGUAGGAAUAGGCAUGGUAGACCUGGUGGACGUGUGCACGACGUACGAAGCCCUGAAGAAGAGCUACAGCAAAGUCAGCCCGUUCUUUGUGCCGAGAAUAUUGCCCAACAUGGCAGCUGGCCAGAUCAGCAUCAAGUAUGGCUUUCGUGGACCGAAUCACUCCGUGUCGACCGCGUGCGCGACAGGAGCGCAUGCAAUCGGUGACGCUUUCCGUUUUAUCCGCGGUGGGGAAACGAGCGUGAUGGUGUGCGGCGGUGCGGAAGCGUGCGUCAGUCCACUGGCCAUAGCUGCGUUUUGCCGACUGCGAGCGCUGAGCGCGUCGAGGAACGACAUGCCGCACGAAGCGUCUAGGCCGUUCGACAAGGAUCGCGAUGGCUUUGUGAUGGGCGAGGGUGCUGCGAUACUCGUGCUGGAGGAGCUGAAUCACGCGCUCGCCCGGGAAGUGCCAAUCUAUGCGGAGAUACUGGGCUACGGUCUGUCCGGUGAUGCGUGCCACAUCACGGCGCCCAGUGAGGACGGCAUCGGUGCACUGCUUGCCAUGGACCGGACGGUAAAAGACGCCGGCAUCGAGAGCGCCGAGGUGACGCUGGUAAACGCGCACGCCACGUCCACGCCGUUGGGUGACGCGAUCGAGCUGAAGGCUAUCGAGUCGCUCAUGGGCGAGCAUAGCAAAAACGUGACGGUAACGAGCACGAAGGGUGCGCAUGGUCAUCUAUUGGGAGCCGCUGGUAAUCUCGAGGCCGUUUUUACGAUCCUGGCGAUCAAGGAGGGCGUUAUACCGCCCACGUUGAACCUGCACAACUUGGACACGGAGACGCGCUUGAAGUUCGUGCCGCACAGGAAGACGCAGUGGAACACGACGACGCGUCGAACAGCCUUGAAAAACGCGUUCGGUUUCGGCGGGACAAACGCGUGCCUGUGCUUCACGCAGUACGUCGACUGAGCACGUUCAAAUUCAAGAGACAAUUACGACACGGCACAGUAACAAUCAAAUUGUUAAAAUCUUGUUCAACUGCCAGCUACGAGACAUCAUCUACUUGAUUUAUCGCUAAACUGCUGCUAUUAAAGUCACUGCUCUGAUACAUCGAAUACCACAAUCAAUUACACGGAUAAUCGUAGACCAACCAUUCCCAAAGAUGCAAGAUUCAAGCAUGGAAAUACUUGGUAAGUAUUAUUAAAAAGAUCGAAUAUGCACAGGGACACGAACAGUGGAUCGUUUUGUAUUUUCAUUAUUCGACUAAGAAUGCAGAGGCUAACGUUACUUUCGUAAUGUGUAUUUUUGCAACAUGUAUAUAUGCGUAUUAAAAUGCCAAAGACCCAAAGAGAGAAGCAGAUUCGGUGACGAAUUGAAUCUCACACUGAUUGUCGGUGGGUGUAGCGGCUUAAAUAUUUUUAAUAAUUCUUAUGCAACAUAUAUAAUAUGUAAAUACAAUUUACGAUGAAAAUCUUUUUAUCGAAUGCUCUUACUUGGCGUGUAAUGAAAAUUACACAGAGAGGAUGUACAUCGGAAUAAUAAAAUAUAUGUAUAUAUAUAUA